ACUCAAAGUACCACCCAUUUCAAGAUGGCGUCUGCUGUGAGGACAUACGAUGAAGAGUGCUCGUAUCUCGAGAAAAUAUCAAAUUGCUCCUACAGGAUCAAGAAAGGCUUUGUGCCUAACAUGAAGGUUGAAGGUUUGUUUUAUGUAAACGAUCAUUUGAAGGACCUCAUGUUUGACGAGUUACGUCACCAUUGCUCUAGCGGAGGUGUGGGCGGGUUUUUGCCAGCUGUGAAGCAGAUCGGUAAUGUAGCAGCUCUUCCUGGUAUUGUUGGGAAGUCAAUAGGUCUUCCUGAUGUUCAUUCUGGCUACGGGUUUGCCAUUGGUAACAUGGCUGCCUUUGAUAUGUCUGACCCAGAGGCGGUAGUGUCACCAGGAGGGGUGGGGUUUGAUAUCAACUGUGGAGUGAGACUACUGAGGACUAACUUGUUUAAAAAAGACAUAGAGCCAGUCAAAGAACAGCUGGCACAAUCUUUGUUUGAUCACAUACCAGUGGGGGUUGGAUCUAAAGGAGUUAUUCCAAUGACAGCAAGAGAUCUUGAAUCAGCUCUAGAGAUGGGAAUGGACUGGACUUUAAGGGAAGGUUAUGGCUGGGCUGAAGACAAGGAACACUGUGAAGAAUACGGUCGAAUGCUCCAGGCUGACCCUUCCAAAGUAUCCCAGAGAGCGAAGAAGAGGGGACUGCCCCAACUGGGUACCCUAGGGGCAGGGAACCAUUAUGCUGAGAUACAGGUGGUAGAGGAAAUAUUUGAUAAACAUGCAGCAGCUAAAAUGGGUAUUGAAGAAAAGGAACAAGUGUGUGUUAUGAUCCACAGUGGUAGCCGUGGGUUAGGGCAUCAGGUGGCGACUGAUGCUCUUGUUGAAAUGGAGAAGGCGAUGAAGAGAGACAACAUUGAAGUUAAUGACCGACAGCUAGCUUGUGCUAAGAUAAAGUCAAAGGAAGGAGAGAAUUAUUUAAAAGGAAUGGCAGCUGCUGCCAACUAUGCCUGGGUCAACAGAUCCAGUAUGACCUUCUUGACAAGACAAGCCUUUGCUAAGAUGUUUAAAAGUACUCCUGAUGAUCUUGACAUGCACAUAAUAUACGACGUUUCUCAUAACAUUGCAAAGGUGGAGCAGCACAUAGUGAGUGGGCGUGAGAAGACCCUCCUGGUUCAUCGUAAAGGAUCUACAAGAGCAUUCCCUCCCCAUCACCCACUGAUACCGGUCGACUAUCAAUUAACUGGACAGCCAGUACUCAUCGGAGGGACAAUGGGUACAUGUAGUUACGUUUUGACUGGAACUGAUAAAGGAUUUACUGAGACCUUUGGAUCUACGUGCCACGGAGCCGGUCGUGCCCUCUCCAGAGCGAAAUCAAGGAGAACCCUUGGUUACGAGGAGGUGCUUGAGUCGCUAGCUAAACAAGGGAUAGCGAUAAGAGUAGCAUCACCAAAACUGGUAAUGGAAGAAGCGCCUCAGUCGUACAAGAAUGUGACUGAUGUUGUUGAAACAUGUCAUUCUGCUGGAAUAAGUAACAAAGCAUUCAAAUUGAAACCGAUUGCAGUUAUUAAGGGUUAAUUAACUGAUUGUUUAUUAAAUAUAUUGCAUAUUUGUUUAUAAUUAUUGUCAUUGUUUGUGAUUUUUAUCCAUUCUGUA